UAAUUUCCAAGCAAGGAAACCCAUUGGUUUUACAAAGGAAAGUCUUCCGGGGUUGGAGUCUUCGUUAUAGAUAUUUACAAAGAGGGAAGCUAAAAGAGCAUAUCAGAUUCAGACUCCCGAUAGAAACUGAUUUUUUGUUAACCCUUUCUUGCAAAAAUGAGUGAUCGUCUCGUAUUCUGUGUGGACCGCCUUACGAAACCCGAAAGUUUGUUAUCAGUGCAAGAAACCGAAGUUGUGGGAUCUUCGGGUAACGGUUCUUCUAUAGUUGCUGAUCAAGAUGUUUGUGCUAUCGAUGUGGAGGAAGUUGAAGAACAUGGUUCGUGUGAUGAAGAAGAACCACUCCUCCAGACGGUUGAAUGCCGUAUCUGCCAGGAUGAGGACAUCAUUAAGAAUUUGGAGGCACCUUGUUUGUGCAGUGGCAGUUUGAAGUUUGCUCACAGGAAAUGCGUUCAGCGCUGGUGCGAUGAGAAGGGAGAUAUAAUUUGUGAGAUAUGUCAUCAGUCUUACGAACCGGGAUAUAUGUCACCACCUCCUCCGCCAGAGGUUGCUACAAUUGAUAUCAGUGAGUGGACUCUCUCUGGUGCUCCUUUGGACUUACACGACCAACGGAUCUUAGCAGUGGCAGCAGAACGCCGUCUUUUGGAGCCAGGCUAUGAUGAAUAUUCCAAUAACGAUUCUAGUGGAACUGAAUUUUUCCGUGCUGCUACACUAACUCUUCUGGCUCUUCUAUUCUUGAGGCAUGCUUUGUACCUAACCAAUGGAGACACGGACGAUGAUGUAUCUCAAUAUAUCUCUCUUUUCAUGCUUCGUGCUGCUGGCUUUCUUCUUCCCUGUUACGUCGUGGCCUGGGCUAUCAGCAUCUUGCAGCGCCGUCGGGAGCAACGGGAAGCCGCAGCUAUUGCAGCAGCUGAUGUUGCAGCAAUGAUACAAGCAGCGCAACCUUGGGCCACACAUUACAGUAUGGUACCUGGACCUUCAGUCACACCCCAACAGGAGCCACUUGAAUAGCGCGAAGAAGAUUAUGCAAUUUGGACUCGACAUAAGUGUUGGAUACAGGUAUGUGUCCGGCAUAGGUCUAUUCAAUUUUCUUUUCUCACAAGUUUUUCCAUAUAUAUGGAGGAUCCUAACUCCAUAUAAAGUCCGAAUAUGUAUCGGACGCAGGUGUAGAAUUCAUGUAUUUUAGGGAAGGCGAAGAAUUCAACAUGGGAUCCUCUUUUCCAUGUUUCAAGGAUGCAAUUUUCAGAGUUAUUGAUUGUACAGGAAACUUGAAUCUCAUCACUUUGCUUUUUCUUC